ACGCUUAAAGCAGACGACUGACUAAACGCAGUCUCUCCCCAACCAGAAGAGUACAAGCUCCUAGCGUGCGCUGCACAGAUGGUGUGCGCCACUCGGUACUCAUCGUUAAUCUGUCUGUGUCCUAGAAGAUUAACAAGGCCCUGGUUUUGCAUGUGAAAUCAUCUCAUAUUUUUCAAAGUAAGCUAAAACCUGCAGCGUCGGACGCGCGUUGAAGAACAUACCUCAGGAUUGUCGUUUUCUAUACGGUGGUUGCGUUUUCAAUAACCGUAAAGCCACAAUAGCCGAACAGGUUUUUUGUUGGUUUGGAGACGUAAGCCUAGCCCUGUCUAAGGAGGACGAUUGUGUUUAUAGGACAGGGAGGUAAAUUAUUAAACGUCUGGGUGCUUGUGGUCAUGUGAGCUCUGGAGGAUCUUUUCAGCGGAGGGGAGUAUGUAUUGCGGCCUUGUCACACGGACAAACCCCAUUCUGGACUUUCUUUGUUUCGAUAACCGAAAAAGAUGAAAAAGUUGAUUAUUCAAGAAGUAUAGGAAGUAGGGAGAGUGCGAAUUGUGUUGAGGUUUACCAAAUGAUCUGCUGGGACACUCCUUCUGCAAUGGAUUCUAGAGAGUAUGAUCUGCAGGACGACUACAAGUCUCCCUUUAAUUUUGAUUCUGGUGUCAAUAGAAAUUAUCUGUUCUUGUCGCCGCGACUAAACGACACCCCGCCGGAUUCGCCGACUCCGCUGAGUUCAGAUUUGCUAAAGCAGGAAUCAGUCCCUGAGGGAGAGGAUGCGGCUGCGACGGUUCCAGAGGCGUUAUCAGAGGAGGAACAGGAACAUCUCAGGAAAGAGCUUGAAAAGGUAGAGGAGGAGAUUCAAACACUGAGUCAAGUGCUGGCUGCGAAGGAGAGGCAUCUAGCCGACAUCAAACGGAAGCUGGGGAUCACACCACUGGCCGAGCUGAAGCAAAACAUUUCCAAAGGAUUCCAGGACGUGGCCUCCACCACUGUGUACAGGAAGACAUCUGAAACUUUGUCACACGCUGGACAGAAGGCCUCUGCAGCCUUUUCAUCUGUCGGUUCUGUCCUCACAAAGAAGCUUGAAGACGUUAAUAUACGUUCUCUACAGCAUUCCAUUAGCAUGCCGGCAAUGAGAAAUUCUCCUACUUUUAAAUCUUUUGAAGAGAAGGUGGAAACAUUAAAGUCUAAAGUGGGUGGCAACAGACAAUCCACGGGGGAUUUUGGAGAAGUGUUGAACUCCGCUGCCAAUGCCAGUGCCACAGAUCCUUUGACCGAGAAAGAUGAGGAAACCCAGUGAGAUCUCUUCAUCUACAGCAACCAAAACUGCAAGAUUCCACAAGAAACACAAAGCACAUCUACUGCAUGGUCUCCUCUUCCCACCUGACCCAUCCCUUGUCUUCUUCUCUAUCUGCUCCACUAAACCUAAAUGCUAGCUCUUCUGUGCAAUUGAGGGUUUGUACCACACUUCUCUCAUCUUAUCUGCACAGAAAAGGGUUAACCUCUUUAGUACUAGAGGGCCAGGAAUCCCGUGAAUCUUUUGUGAUGAUCUUGGAAACACAGUAAUCCUUUUUUGUGUUGCAGAGACUUUUUAUGCCUAAUUUUCUAUAUGUUGUUUUGUCAUAGCUGCCAACACUUUGUUACACUGGAAACUUUGUAUACUAUGCGGACCUUAAAGAAAGCAAAAAAAAGUGUCAGUAAUAAAUGUGCCGUGUAUAAGAUCUA